AUGCUCCCACCACCUGUUCCAUCAUCUGCCGAAUCGAACUCGUCUAGCUCAAGCCGCACAAGGAAGCAAAGUGACGCCGAAAGUGACGCCGAAGCAGCACAGCGUCAGCGGCACGCUUCUCGAGGAGGGACUAAGCAAGAGAUUUUGGAGCGGAAUGGAGGCAUGAAAUGCUGGCAUUACGGUCGGGCAGCGCCAGAUAUUGCUCGUGUGAUAAGCAAGAAGGACAACUCGCUCAGCCACGAUGCUGCCUCCGGUCUCUUGAUCUUUGAUCGUCUUGGAGAUGAGCAAAACGGUCUUCCUCUCUGUCCCUCGUGCCACCGAGCGCUUGACGAUAUCAACCAACCGGGCUUCACUUUCAUUUUUACGGAGCUAGAAUAUUUCAUCGAUUGUGAGCGCCAGGACUAUCAGAAUCGAAUUGAUACUGCGCAACAGCAAGGGGAUAUUCCUCCACGAAUGGUUCCCACACCACAGAUGUAUUCAGAAUAUCUCAAGAGAGAAGAGCUCGUGUCUUCUCACGCGGUCGGCGGCCUAUACCGGCGGUAUACCCUGCAGGACUUCUUCCCCGACUGUUGUGACAAGAGCUUCAUCCCAGGGUUGGAUCACUUCAAAGAGAGCCAGGUCUUUGGUGUGGCGCACCGAUGA